GGGCCGCAGCUAGGCGGACCAAGAACGCGUACCGUUCCACCUGUUGGCUUGGCUAGCGCUUUCGUCUUCCUCCGCUCCACUCGAUGCACGCACGUGGAGAAGAACACCGCCGCCGCCGCCAGCGCUACCGGGUUUUCGCAGCAAAAAAAUAAAAAAAGGAAAAGGAGAGGGUGGGGUGUAGGCAGGGGGGGGGGGGGGGGGGGGGGGGGCGCCACUGCUUCUCUUCAAGACCCGAUUCCACUCGCGUGUCUGCCCGCCGGCCAGACCUCGAGGAAACAAGGCCUUACUUCCUUGAUUACAUGGCGUCGCCGGACGACCCCGUGCUCUCCGCUUGCAAGAAAAACUUGAGCCACUUCAGAAUAAAAGAGCUCAAGGAUGUUCUACACCAACUUGGACUUUCAAAGCAAGGAAAGAAGCAGGACCUAGUGGACAGAGUUAUGGCAGUGUUGUUGAGCCAGCAAGAUCAAGCCUUUGAAACGAAUGGCUUACCAAAGGCAAAAUCAGCGGUGAAAAUAGUGGAGGACACAUUUAGAAAAAUGCAAGACCCUACAAAUACUGUUGCAGUCUCAAGGAGCCACGAAUUAGGAGACAGUGUUACGUGUAAAAAGAAACCGGAUGAUUCUGCUCAGGCAGUUAAGGUUCGUUGCCCUUGUGGUGACUCCAAGCCAAAUGAUUCCAUGAUUAAGUGUAUUGAUCCACAAUGCAACAUAUGGCAACAUGUUGGCUGCGUCGUCAUACCCGAUACUGAGAAAUCCGCGGACAAUAUUUCUCCUGAAUUACCUUCCUGCUUUUAUUGUGAAGUGUGCCGACUUAGCAGGGCUGAUCCUUUUUGGGUCACUGUGAACCAUCUGUUACUCCCUAUCUUAAUAGGACCCUCUACUGUAGCAGCAGACGGGUCAUACACUGUACAGUAUACCGCAAAAAGCUUUCAGCUUUCAAGAGCUAAUAGAGAAAUUCUGCAGCAAGCUGAAUGCAAUAUUCAGGUUUGGUGUAUCCUUCUCAGUGACAAAGUACCUUUUAGGAUGCACUGGCCUUUACACUCUGACAUGCAAGUUAAUGGUAUUUAUGUUAGGGUGGUUAACAGGCAACCCACACAAAAGUUAGGGGCCAAUGGUAGAGACGAUGGUCCACUAUUAACAGAUUACCUGAAGGAGGGACCUAACAAGAUUUCUCUAUCAAGAAAUGACACUCGUACUUUCUGUUUGGGUAUCAGAAUUGCCAAGAGGAGAUCUCUAGAACAGGUCCUAAAUUUGGUGCCAAAGGAACAAGAUGGUGAAAACUUCGAUGACGCCCUUGCACGUGUGCGUCGCUGUGUUGGUGGUGGAGCUGAGGCAAAUAAUGCAGACAGUGAUAGUGAUAUCGAAGUUGUGGCUGAUUUUGUCUCUGUGAAUCUUCGGUGCCCUAUGACUGCUUCAAGGAUACAGAUCGCUGGUAGGUUCAAGUCCUGUGCUCACAUGGGCUGCUUUGAUUUAGAAGCUUUUAUUGAAAUAAACCAACGUUCCCGGAAGUGGCAAUGCCCAAUAUGCCUGAAGAAUUACUCUCUAGAGAACAUAAUAAUUGAUCCUUAUUUCAAUCGCAUCACUUCUUUGAUCAAAAGCUGCGGAGAUGAUACAUCUGAAAUUGAUGUCAAACCUGAUGGUUCCUGGAGAGUUAAGGGCAGACCUAAACUGAAGGACCUUACACAGUGGCAUCUACCAGAUGGUACUCUCUCUCUGUCCACAGAUACAGCAGCCAAACCUGGAAUGUGCAUUGUAAAGCACGAGGUCAAAGAAGAGCCAUUGUCUGAAGAGGUGGGAUGUCAUCUUAAGUUGGGACUUAGGAAAAAAAGCAAUGGCCAGUGGGAAAUUAGCAAGAGAGUGGAUGCUGAUCUGGUGCCGUCUUCUGGUAACGACCAUGACCAUUCAGGACACGAUGAAAACAAAAACUGCAUCACUCACUCAAGCAAUAUUGAUGAUACAAACAUUGCAGAUGAAGGUUAUAAUUUAGAGCCAGCAACAAAUGGUUAUCCCAUGACCCAUGUCCAUGAUCUUGACUCUUCAUCCGCAGACGAAAAUGGUCCUCCAGCAUCGACAGGGCAGGAUAUAGUAGUUUUGAGUGACUCGGAUGAUGAUGCUAUCAUGGUGUUGUCUCCCGGUGCUGUGAACUGUGGCUCGAUGCAUAACACUGGAAAUCUGUUUCCACCCAACACACCUGAAAAUUUAGGAGUGUGUAGUGGAGAAACUGGUGGAUGCCCCAAGGAGACAUCAUUCCUUGCAUUAAAAGAAGAUUUUGGUGAUCCGGGGUUGUCAUUUUGGGAAAGUCAUGGUAGUCCCCGAGAUGCUUCUACUUCCCAGAUCCCCGAUGCCAGUACAAAGGCAGUAGAUAAUCCAGGUGAAGUGGACAACUACCCUGCCAAUGAUCAAUCUAAGCAAGGGCAAGUUUCUGGGGCUGAUUUUGGAGUAGCAGCAAAUCCGGUGCCAUUGGAAGAUGGGCAUGAUAGCGCACUGCAACCUUGUUCAAUGAGUGAAAGAGAUAGUGCCAUGGGUCUUGCUAGCCUGGGAGCGGAUACUCAAUCAUGUGUUGAUGUCCAUUCUGACAAUUGGACAUCUGUCAGCAUUAGUGGCCGUGAUGAAGUUUUAACUGCUGCCAAAAUUGCAUCUAGGAAAAGGAGCAAUCCUGGAGACAGAAUAGAAGAUUUAGAUGAUGAUUUUGAAUCUGCGCCCAUUGUUCCUACAGUUUCAUCACCAUCACUUUGCCACUGCACAAACGUAUCAGAAUCUUUGGCAGCUUCACUUGUGGGAAGCCCAAACCAAGAUGAGUGCAGCGGAGGGAGAUGUUCAGUUCGACCGAGAUUGAUACUAGAGAUUUCCUCAGAUUCUGAUUAGCACACAUUUGUGUUGGCUGAUGCCUGCAUGACUUGGAGAAAAGGAAGGGGGUGGAUGUGAUGCUGUCUAACGCGGUCAGCGAACUGGCAAGCAGCUAGAGGCCUCUCCUCUAUCCUGUAAUUGGAGAUCCCAUCUCUGUUAGGUGGUAGAACGUGACACCAGGAGCAACAUAUAGAGUGGCAUAAUAGAGCUGAACCAUAUAUACAUGCAGUGUAGGCAAUUUUGUACCAUAUAUGUCAUGAACCGAGGUGGCAGUUAGUUGAUGUAAAUAUGCUCCCUCUCUGUUUUUCUAUAUUAUUGGCUGAAAGGAGAGGGGAGGAUGCAUGCUUA